UUGGGAGUUGCCUACCGCGUCGGUUACUACGGCCUCGUGAAAUCCGAUAAGAAAGCCGCGAGGAUUUACCGGCGCGCCGUGGAGCUCGGAGAUGUGGACGCGAUGAUUAACCUUGCGGCAUUGUACGAGAAUGGAACUAACGUCAAGCUGGACAAAAAGAAGGCGGAGCGGCUGUAUCGCACGGCCGCAGAUCGGGGCCACGCGGUCGCGCAAUACAAUUUAGCGCGUGGACUUGAUGCUGAGAAGAGAUUUGAAGAAGCGUUCCGGUACCUCACGCUCGCGGCGGAUCAAGGCUUUACCGCUGCAGAGAAUAACCUUGGCUGCUGUUACAUGGACGGAGACGGCACGGAAGUCGACCUCGGCAAAGCCAGAUACUGGUUCGAGCGCGCCGCU